AUGUGUUUCGGCAGCAAGGCCGACAAGGAUGAUACUCCUGCCCCGCGUCCCGCGCAACGUCCUCCUUCAUCACAGCAGCAAGAUACCAAGAUGACUAGCAGCAAUCAGCAGCAACAACACUACGUGCCGCCGGCUGGUCCGCCUCCGGGACAGACUUCGGCUCAGACCUAUGCUCCUCCUCCCGGCCCGCCCCCGAGUCAGUCGUACGCCGCUCCGAGUGGCCCGCCGCCAGGCCGCGCCGAUGACUUUGCGCCUCCCUCGGGCCCUCCUCCGUCCCAUGGAGGGUAUGCGCCGCCGUCUGGACCUCUUCCCUCACACCAGCAGAGUGAUUAUGCGCCGCCUCCAGGACCUCCGCCGGCCCGCAAUGACUACACCGCUCCUCCCCCGGGUCCUCCGCCAUCUCACAAUGACUACACUGCUCCGCCGCCAGGCCCCCCGCCAUCGGACUCGAAGAAACACGACUGGGAAACGGCGGUUCCCGACACCACCCUCUUCCCACCGCCCCCGGCCUUCUUCAGCGGAUUUGAUCGCUCCCCUGCGAACAACUCGACGGAGCAGGAGUCUGAAGCAGGUGAGGCCUGGGUGGCCCAGUACCCCCUCGUCCAACCCAUCGACUUUGACCCCGCGGCUUUAGAGGCUUUGCGUACGCACAGGAUAUGGCUUCUCCAGCCUCAAGGAUUCCGCGGCACAAUGACACAGCCCGUCUCGGGUAAGUGGGAGGUCACGACGCAAAGGAACGCACCAGACAGCACCAUUAUCGGCUACCCGCCUCUGUACUCAGUCAAGAACAACUCGCCUCUCGCUACCGGCAAGCCUUUCAAGGUCUACUACGAAGUCAAGAUUCGCGGAUCGGCAAGUGAAGUAGACCUUGCCCUUGGCUUCACCGCGCUCCCCUAUCCCAACUUCCGUCUCCCUGGAUGGCAUCGCGGCAGUCUUGGUGUUCAUGGCGAUGAUGGGCACAAGUACAUCAACGAUAGAUGGGGCGGCAAGUCCUUCACAGACCCCUUCCGGCCCGGUGAGACGCUGGGUAUCGGCAUGCAGUUCACGGCCCAGGGUGGCAGGAUGAGCGUUGACAUCUUCUUCACGCGAGAUGGUAGACUGGUUGGGACCUGGAACCUGCAUGAGGAGAGUGACUCUGAGCAAGAUUUGCCGGUCAACGGACUGGAGGGAUUCCAUGACCUGAGUUGUGCCAUUGGCACCUUUUCGAAGAAUGAGUACGAUAUCAUCUUUGACCCCAAACUGUGGAAGUACACGCCUUGA